AUGCGUGCAGUCGUCCAACGCGUCGCGUCGGCCUCGGUGGCAGUCGAUGGGGAGACCAUCUCCAAAAUCUCCAAAGGGCUGAUGGUCCUCGUCGGGAUCGGCACCGACGACACACCCGCGGACGUAGAAAGCCUCUCGAACAAGAUCCUCGGUCUGCGCGUGUUCUCCGACUCCGCGGGCGCGAUGUGGAAGGCGAGCGUGAGGGACAUCGGCGGGGAGGUGCUGUGUGUGUCGCAGUUCACGCUGAUGGCCAACACGGCUAAGGGGAACAAGCCCGAUUUUCAUCGUGCGAUGGGAUCCGAGGCUUCCCGCGCGCUAUACGCCGUUUUCCUCGAGAAGAUGCGCAGCUCGUAUGAUCCGUCCAAGAUCCAGGACGGCAGAUUCGGCGCGAUGAUGGACGUGAGCCUGACGAACGAGGGCCCGGUCACGCUCACCCUCGACACGCGCAAGUUCGAGUACGUGCAGGCGGGCAGCGGGGGCGGGGGCAAGACGCCGAGGGGAUCGAAGCCCGCUACGCCGAAGCCCGUUACUCCUAAAUCCGCUACGCCGAAGCUCGCUACGCCAGAGGCUUCCACGAGUGGUAGUACAGAUGCUGCUGCGAAAAGCGCGAAUGCGCCGGAUCAGGGAUCCUCCGUGUAGUUGGUUGAUGUCUUCGAUUUCUCAGAAAG